CAGCGGGGACAGGCCUACUGAAGCAGGGUGCCCUGCCCUUACCCUGCCCAGGAGGGCGCUGGGAGGAGCCAGGCCUCGGUGUCCUCCUCCAGGCUGCCCUGGAGACCCAGAGGAAGCUGCGCACAGCACGCACUCAGCCCUGGCUCUGGAGGUAUGAACAAGGUCGUCCCCCAGGGAAAUGGCAAUGGCCGUGCUGCUGCUGGAACCAAAGCCCACCCCGAAGGAGAAGGGAGCCUCAGCCCCAGCUGCUCCCGACGUGGGGCCUGCCUCUCCGCUCUUCUGCUGCUCCUGCUGGCAAUGCUUGCUGCCCUUGUCGCCCUGGUUGUCAGCCUUGGACUCCCAUCACGCCCUCCAGGGCCUCCUCCUAUCCACUCAGGGACCCAGGCCUGUGUGACACUGACCAACAGGACAGGCUUCCUGUGCCAUGACCAGAGGAUCUGCGUGCCUGCCAGCACGGUGUGUGAUGGCUUUCACACUUGUCCCCAUGGCGAGGAUGAGGACGAGAGCCUGUGCCGAGAUGUGCCCCAGACCCUCCCCAGCUUCCUUGUGGCCCGUUGUGGAGACCCGGCCGCCUGGAUCUACUCCGAUCAAAAGUGCGACGGGACCAACAACUGUGGGGACUGCUCGGAUGAACUGAGCCCAGUGACCACGUGCCCACCCUGCGGCCCUGGGUGGUGGCGCUGCCUUCCCACCGUCUUCCAGUACUGCGGCUGUGUCCCAAGGGCCCUGUGCCAGGAUGGCACACAGCACUGCUCCGACUGGUCUGAUGAGUACACCUGUCUGCGACCCUGACCAGGCUGUCCAGGCCAGCCAGAGGCUGCUGGGAAUGGCGUUAAUGACAGCUCCUGCGAACCCUGAAUUCUGGGCCACCAGGGCAGGAAGGAGCUCUCACAAUCGUCCAGUGGAGUGUGGGUGCAGCUCCACGGUAAAGCCCUUUCCUAUCAUGCACGAGGCCCUGGCUUCCAUCUCAGCACUGCAAAGCAAAGUGAAACACAAAUCGCCCAGUGGUACCUCUGCAUCCUCUUAUGAAUAGGAAUUGGCUCUCCUACUUUCCAGUUGCUCAGCCUCUCCUUGAACACCUCUGGCGCCAGGGAGUUCUCUGUGAUGCUAGGCAGCUUCACACAAAGUUGAGAAUCUGCCUCUGUGGUUUUAGAUCUGUCCAGGGCCUCCCAUUGGAAAUCUGCUCCUCUGCUCCAAGUCAGGUUUUCAGAUCCUGAUCUUAAUUACACCUUGGAGAGGAGAUCAGUCUGGGGCCUCUCUGCCAAGCAGAGCAGUUCAGCCCUCCAGGAUGGCACAGAAGCGAAGCAUUUGGUACUUCUUGCCCUGCUCGUAUUUAAGGCAGCAGUGCUGCGUGUUUCUUGCUGACUGGUCAUGGGAGAUUUUGAGGGAGGCAGGGCACUUGCCACCCCACCAGUGGGAAGCAUCCAGAGACUUGCAGCUGUAGAACAGAAGAUGUGCAGAAGAGAAAGAGGGCUCACCACUUUCUGUCCACCCUGCCAAGCUCCUCUUUGUGCUUCACCCCAGCUGCCAGCCGGGCAGCCCAGGGUUCCUGAAGAAAGGAUCCGACCCACAGUGAGCUGCUUCUUUACAUCUACCCACUUCGUGACACCCAGGCAGGCAAGGAUGGAUGUCUCCACCAGACGGACGGGGAAACUGAGGCCCAGGAGAAACAAUAAGCCCAGGAUCUUAGCCAAAGUAAGGGCUAGAACUGAGACUCAGACACAGCCAGCUGUACCCCAGCCCAAAACCUUUCUAACUGUCCACAGGACCAUGCCCUGGCAGGGUGCAGAAAGUGUCCCACACUCGUUCUGGAGGUGUGGAGAGAGAGGUAGACUCUGGAGAAGGGGGGUCCUGUCAGAGGAGACAGAUCUAUCUCCAUUCGGUUUUAUAGAUCAGUCUCCUGAGUGUUGAAUUGGAAAUGGGCAACAGAGUGGUGAGCACUACUUCAUUCACCGCCCCAUUCCUUCCUUGGCCAUCUCGCUCUGCAUACCUGGGAGUCGGGAGUGCCAGGGCACCAAGGAAGAGGCCGGGGACAGUGGCUGCACCUCACAUCAUGGCGGGGAGGGUGGCACAGUGGAAAAGGCUGGGCCCCAAGAGGUGCCUGAGGGAGCCAGGCCAUCACACUUCUGACUCGAUCCUGAUCCUCCAAAGACAGUGCUGGACCCGAGCUCCCAGGUGCUGUUUGGAGCUGCGCUCUGCCACCUUCUGCCCAGUUUCUCUGCGGAGUCCCCGCCCUGCCCCACCCUGGGCUCCCCACGGUUUGCUUACGCCUGCUGACCCAAGGAGCCUCCCUCCCCCAGGACACUUAUGGAGGAAGGUGGGGAAAGGGCAACCCGGGUCUGUCCCUGUGAGGAAAGCACGGGUGAGCGGGGCUCAGCCAGGAAAAGUCCACCGGGCCAGGGUGGGCAACGCCCAGGGUGGGGGAGGAGGGGAGGUGCGUGAGAGGGGAGAGAUGUAGGAGGGCACGGCGGUCACACUGUACCCUUAGGGCAGUGGGGCAUCAAUGGGGCAUUAAGCAGGGAAAUGUCUCAGUGGAGAGGCGAGGUAGUGAGCUGACCUGCGUGUCAUGAGUUGGGGACAGAGCAGGCAGCCGGGCUCCGAAGUCCAGCAGUAAGGGUUAGCUGUCCCUUGUUGCCUCAGGAGGGCUUGCUACAGAGGUCACCUGAGCAGGGACUCGGAGAGAAAGGAGCCGCACCACAGUGUGGGGCUAGGGGAGGAGUGGCCCCCAAGCUGAAGGAGUGGGAAUCCUUGGUGCCCGAGGGUGUAGAAGAGCUUGGCUUCCAGACCACAGAGAGGGACCUUGGCUAAGACUGCAGGGUGCUGGCCGAGGUUUUCAGCAGCAGGAACACACGUGAUCCACUUUGAGAAGGGCUGCAAAGAAGGCUGAGGAAGAAGGGUCCAGCACCCCGAAAACUGCUGGGCUUCCGGGGAGGACAAGGAGAGGUCCAAAAACAGCAAAGCUUCCUGCAGAAAAAGUGGUGCCCAGUGCUGCACUGGCAGCUGUCACAAGAAUUAGAAGCCAAGGCCAGAGAUUUAGCUCAGUGGUUCUGCCGCCUGCCUUGCAACCACAAGGACCAGAGUUCGAUCCCUGGUACCAAAAAAAAAAAAAAAAAAAAAAAGAAUUAGAAGCCAAAGGCUGGGGAUUUAGCUCAGUGGUUCCGGUGCCUGCUGCGCAAGCCCAAGGUCCUGAGUUCGAUCCCUGGUACCGAAAAACAAAACAACAAGAAUUAGACGUCAGCAUUUAUUUAGCGGGAAGGCCUGAUCUCUGAACUCUGGAACCUCAUUUCCUCCAAUCUUCACAAGCACUCCAGAACCCUGGUUGGUUAUUCCACUUUGCACAGGCACAGAGAGAUACGUGUUUGGCUAGGAUCACACAGCUUUUUCUUCUGAUUCUUUUUUUUGGUACCAGGGAUCGAACUUGGGUCCUUGCACUUGUGCAGCAGGUGGCAAAACCACUGAGCUAAAUCCCUGGCCCAGGAUCACACAGCUUUUAAGAUGCAGAUUCAGGAGCUAAACUUUGAUGGGCUCAAAAUCAGAGCUCACCAGGGCCUUCAAGCGUGUGCCUCAUUCUCUCUCAGCCAGGUCUCCUAGAGGGCAGCUGAACCCAGGGCAGGGGCUCAGUCUGCAGUUAGUAUCUGGCACUGGCAGGAGAACCUGCAUUUGUUCUUCUUUGUCUACUGUUCUUCCUCUCAGAAAGGAACAUGUGCUGAACUAACCUCCAAACCACACUCCACAAGGCGGACCUGGGAAGACCCAGGGCAGAAAAGUGGGGCAGGCCCUCCCCUGGUGGCGUCAGCAGAGCAGCCUGGGGCGAGAGCUCAGCAGCCAGCAUCAAUAUUUGCCCUCUCCCUGCCUCCUUGGCCCUAGUUCCAAGAUCAGGACUUUAGUACAACAGGUUCUUCGCUGUGCAAACAUGCAGGGCUAGAUGAAUGGAAUUUAAAGGGGCUCAGGCUGGGCCCCAGGGUCUGGACUGGAAAUCUGGUCUGGUUUAACUGUCUGCCGUCACUGUUUGCCAGGAGCUGUCUCUUCAUCCUUAGACACACAGCACAGACGUCAGCGCGGGCAGGGAUCUCAGAGCACAGCCUGGCUUUUGACGAAAGAGGACACUGCUUCUCAGAGAGGAAGGGAACCUGCCCUAGGCUGCACUGCCUGGUGGCUGUCACAUAUUCACUCAGUGGUCCCCCCUUGUCUAUGGGGUACAUUCCAGGAUCCCCCAGUGGAUGGGCAAAGAGCACCAAACCCUGCAUGUACUAUGUUUUUUCCUAUUCAUACAUUCCUAGGAUAAAGUUUAAUUCAUAAAUUAGGUACAGUAAGAAAUCAAUGGCAAUAACCAAUAAUAAAAUAGAACAGUUGUAACAACAUACUGUAAUGAAA